CCCUUUCGCGCUCUCCUUCUUACAUCACCGACCACCCUUCAACCCUCUCUUUACUUUUCCUUUUCUCUUCUUCUUCUUCUUCUUCUUCUUCUUCUUCUUGUUGCUUGGAGUGCAAUCCAAGUUACUGGCCAUGGACUUCAUCUACGAUCUCUUGUUAACCGCCUUCCUCUCUGUCCUUCUUGCUUUCCUCGUUGGCAAGAUCUUCUCCAUUGAUACCGAUGAGCAUGAUGAGAACCAAGGUGAAGGCGUUGGUGAAGACAGGCAGCAGCAGCAGCAGAAGGAGGAGGAGGAGGAGGAGGAGGAGGAGGAGGAGGAGGAUAAAGGAGAUGGUGGUUUUGAACGAUCGGUGGUGGCUGAGGAGAAGCGGGAGGGGUUGAGGGAGAGUUUUGGUGGAGAAGCUCGAGUUGGUUGGGAGGCUUGCGAUCUGGAUCGGAUCGGAGAUGAUGGAGUUGGUUUUGGUGUGGGAAAGGAUGAGGGAGAGGGGAGGAGGUCUCGAGAAGGUGAUUUCUUGAAGGAAAUGUCUGGGGGUGUUGACCAGGGAGUGGUGAUUGGAGGGAUCAAUGUGGUUAGAGAAGAAGGAGAGAGUUCGGAGGAGGUUGGAGGCGGUUUUGUUAGGGGGGAUGAGAGCAGGGCAAUGGUUCAUGAAUUUUGCUUGGCUGAGGAGGUGGGAGUUGGUGAAAUUCAAGUGGAAGUUGAGAGAUUUGGAGUGGAUGAUGAGGUUUAUGGGCGGCAAGAGAUGGAGCUCGUUAGGACCAAUGAUGAUAGGACCGUUGAGCUUGAAUUGAAGAACAGGGAGAUUGAAAAGAGAUCACAAGUUAGAAUUGAAGAAAAAGAGGAGAAGGUGGAGGAAAGUGAGCAAAAUUGUGCUGCUUUGGGUAGGGAAGAUAUGAGAUUGGGAAUGGACGAGGUUGGUGUGGAUGAAGAGAUGGAACUCAAAAAGGAAACUCAAGGUAGAUUAGACCGAGACUUGGCAAUGGCAAUGACAAUGGCUGAGAAGAUGGAGUUUGACAAAGUUAAUGAAGAAGAAAGAUUAGUAGUAGGUGAGGUUGGAAUAGAGAGGCAUGUUCAACCAUUUGAAGGAGACAUAGAACAGGGAAAAGGGCACGAUUGGCAGAUUGGAAAGGAAGUGAGGGUUGGAACUAAGGAGGUCGGAUCGUUGCUUGAUGGUGAAGAUGAAUGGGAAGGGAUCGAGAGGACUGAGCUUCAAGAACGAUUUGGUGACGCCAAUGCAUAUGUUGGUAGUAGGAAUGGUGUUGAUGCAAUAUCAAAGCUUAGCGGUGAUGUGCAGAUGCAGUUGUAUGGACUUCACAAGGUUGCAACUGAAGGACCUUGCUUUGAACCUCAGCCAUCUGCUUUGAAGAUUUCUGCUCGUUCUAAGUGGCAUGCUUGGCAAAGACUGGGGGACAUGAAUCCCGAGAUGGCAAUGGAAAAAUAUAUGGACCUCCUUUCUGAGCAGAUUCCUGGAUGGACAAGAGAAACAAUCAUUGUUGAAAGCAAACAGGAUGGAAGCAAGAAUGUUGAAGUGGCAGAGAAAUCUGUUGUUGAGCCACCUGACCAAAGUUCACCUUUAACUGAGAUGCCAUAUCAACUCCCUGAAAUUAGAAGUGAGCAGGAGAAUACUUGCACUGAAGGGAAUGUAGCUGUUGGUGCAAAAGUUAACGAGCCAGGGCCCGGUAAGGUGGAUGACUCGCCGCAUGCUCCCAAACCUGAGUGAUACCACCACCUUCCUGACGAGUAGUCAAAAUAAGCUGCUUAGAAUGCUGACAGGAGAACUUCGCAGCUUCUUCUGUAAAUAAGGGCUUCAUUGUUCAUAAUUUAUGGCUGGUAUUGUCUUUUGUAUUGACUGGUGAAACUGGCUUGGCGGAUAUAUACAUAUACAUACAUAUAUAUAUAUAUAUAUAAAUUUAAGUGCAAAACUUAUAUGUCAGUGAGCAUAACUAAGCACAAAUCUCCAAUUCGUCAAUGGCAUUGCCUUCUCCAUGAUGAAUACUGCUUGGAAUUUGCAUUGCGCUCAUUUGUUAUAUGUUGCAGUGUAUGUAAGACUUGAUUGUAACCUAUGUGACCAAGAAGUAUACAGGUCAUGUGACUCAUGUCCCACCGUUAAUUUGUGCAUUAAUUUCUUACAUGUUUCCUGCACACUGCCUU